AUGGGAGGAAAUUGUUCGAAUUGCAAUUAAUGUUAGAAAGAUAAAUUGGAGAUAAUAAAUGAAGUAGAGGUUACAAAAAAGUCUGAUAGUUAAAGAAGAGCAUUGUCUUCAGUUUCAUAGUAAUCUUAAAAUAGUUAAUUGGAUGAGGUAAUGAAUAAAGGAAUGAAUAGAAUGAUUUGAAAUAGAAGGGGUGUGUUCCAACAGAGUAGAAGAAUGCAAAGUUUUCAGUGUUUGCAGAAGAUUAGGAGUAGGAGAAAUAGGGAAAUAAGAAUUUGAAUGAAAAGGCUAUUGUGAUAUAAAAAAUAUGGAAGGGACAUAAAACAAGAUAGAGUUAUAAAGAGGUGAAGAAAACUUUAUCAGAGAAGAAUAAUAAGGAACAGGAAAAGAAUUAAGAAUAACAGUAGUUUGAUUAGGUAACAAUAGCAAGUAAAGAGAGAAAAAAGAAUGUUUAAUAUUUCAAUAGUGAAGAGUUAGGAGGUAAUAAGGAUUAUAGUAAUAGAAUAGUAAAUAGUUCAAGUAAUUAAAAAACAAGAGAAAGACGUGCUUUAUUUGUAUUUAAGAGUGGAGCUACAUAUGAAGGAGAAUGGAUAGGUAAUAAACGAGAUGGUAGAGGAGUAUAGAUAUGGCCAGAUAGUGCUAAAUAUGAUGGUGAAUGGGUUGAUAAUAAAGCUUGUGGGAAAGGGUAAUUUUAUCAUGUGGAUGGUGAUUCAUAUAUAGGAGAAUGGGGAGAUGAUAGAGCUAAUGGAUAUGGAAUAUAUAAGUAAAAUAAUGGAGCAGUGUAUGAAGGUUAUUGGAAGAGUGAUUUAUAACAUGGGAAAGGUGAAGAAAGAUGUAAUGAAGAAUUAAUAAUUAAGGGGUUGAUAAAUCUAGUUACAAUGGUGAUUAUUUUGAAGGUAAAAAGUAAGGAAAGGGGAAAUAUAUUUGGCCAGAUGGUAGUUAUUAUGAAGGUGAUUGGAUUGACAAUAAAAUAAAUGGUUAUGUAAUUAUAUUAAGAUUAUAUUGAUUAAGGGAGAGUAUUAUUGGACAGAUGGUAGAAUUUAUAAAGGAUAAUGGAAAGAUAAUAAGAUGCAUGGAAUAGGAUAUUAUUAAUGGUCAGAUGGUAGAUCAUAUGAAGGAUAAUAUGUAGAUGAUAAGAAAUAAGGAAUUGGUAAAUAUACAUGGCCAGAUGGAAGAUAUUAUGAUGGAGAUUGGUAAGAUGGGAAAUAACAUGGUAGAGGUAAAUAUGUAUUACCAGAUGGAAAGAUGAAGAAUGGUAUAUGGGAUUAAGGUAGGAGAGUAAGUUGGUUAGAGGAAUGAUAAGAUUUGAG